GACAAGCGACUUCAAGACUUCAAGACUUCAAGUCUUCAACUCACAAACUUGGCUGAGCUUCACAAACGAGUCCGGAAAAAAGCCCCCCGUUGCCCCGCCUUCCCUCUCCCCUUUGUCCGCCAUUACCAUGCCACUAGACAUAUCCGCCAUCAUCGACAGCGAGCUCCACGCCCGCAAUGCCGAGAUCUCAACCAUCAACCACCAGAUCCACUCCCAUCCCGAGUUGGCCUAUGAAGAGAUCCACGCUCACGACACUUUCGUCCGCAUUCUUAGCACCCUCGGCUUCGACGUGACCCCUCACGCAUACGGCCUCGAGACGGCCUUCUCCGCCGACUUCGGCCACGGCGGCCGCCUCAUUGUCUUCAAUGCCGAGUACGACGCGCUGCCGGACAUCGGCCACGCGUGCGGGCACAACCUCAUUGCCUCCGCGUCCUUCGCCGCCUUCCUCGGCCUGGCCGCCGCACUGCGCGCCUCGAACCAGCCGGGCCGCGUGCGCCUGCUGGGCACGCCCGCCGAGGAAGGCGGCGGCGGCAAGCUCAAGCUCAUCCAGGCGGGCGCUUACCAGGAUGCCGCCGCCAGCUUGAUGGUCCACCCGGGGCCGGGACACAAGCUACCCACCUCCAAUUCCAUCCGUGGCGUCUCCUUCGUACGCAUGCUCGCCAACGUCAAGAUGCGCGCCCACUUCACGGGCCGCGAGGCGCACGCCGCCAUCGCGCCCUGGGACGGCAUCAACGCACUCGACGCCGUGUGCCUGUCGUACAACGCCAUCAGCAUGCUGCGGCAGCAGACGCGGCCGUACGAGCGCAUUCACGGCGUGUUUGUCUCGGCGGGGAAGCGCCCCAACGUCACGCCCGCCGACUGCAGCGUCGAGUACUACGUGCGCAGCGCGACCAGGGCCGAGGCAGCGGCGCUGUGGGGCCGGGUGCGCAAGUGCUUCGAGGGCGCGGCGAUGGCGACGGGCUGCGGAGUGGAGUUUGAGUCGCUCAAUUCGUAUGCCGACGUGCGCCCAAGCAGGGCGCUGUGUGAGGCCUAUGUCGAGGCCAUGCCGCGGGGGACCGUGGCGUUUGAUCAGCCGGCGGAUAUCCUGGCGGGAAGUACGGAUAUGGGAGAUGUGUGCUAUGAGUGCCCCGGGUUCCACGGUGUGUUUGGCAUCGGCACGAAGGAAGGGGAGGCAAAUCACACAAAAGGGUUCGCUGCCGCGGCUGGGACGGAUGAUGCGUUCCAGAGGGCGUUGGAGUGCGGGAGGGGCAUGGCGUUGGUCGGGUGGAAGGUAUUGUCUGACGAUGGGUUUGCCGAGAAGGUGCGGAAGGAGUGGGAGGAAGAUAUGAAGCUGGCCGCGGAGGGCAAGUGAGCUGCAAUGGGGGUUGUGCUUUUCUUUGGCUUACAGGGACAGAAAGAAAACCAGAGGGUUACAAACUGACCGUAGCUGACCUUAGGCCGAUCCAGUUUAUCACGGAGACCCGGGCUCCAUCGACGGAAUUUUGUUGGUAAUUGGAUGUGACCAGUAGGUUACCACAGGGCCACGU